GUUGUUCGGUAGGAAGUCACACAGCUUUCAGAGCUCAAACGAAGAAGUGCAGUGUCUCAGCAAUUGUUCAGUUCAGUGGAAUAUAAGGUUUAACCAAAAAUCUUCGGCUAACCAGAGAAAAUGAUCGUAGUGAAACCAUUGAUUUUCUCCGUUUUGCUCGUGGGAAUACUUGGAGUUGCAGAAGUGGCUUCAACCAAAAGAGGAAAAGGUCGACGCUUCCAGCACAGGCCAUUGGCUCCCGCCUAUCAAAACAAUCCUAUCCCAGUUGCACAGCCACAAAUUCCGUCUUAUCGCAGUCUUCCAAGCGGUUAUCCAACAUCUCCAGCAUUACAAAAGUCACCUGCUCGCCCUGUUGCGCCGAGGCCUGGACUAGUCGUGUUUGGUGUUGGACCAAACUCCCUUCAAAUUCCGAAUCACUACUCCAAUUACGCUGGAGCGUCCCAACAAACUAAACCAAUCGUUCCUGCGCCAGCACACGCUCCACCAACUGCAGCGGUGACCAGAACUCCAACUAGAAACCAGCCGGCCAUACCCAAUUAUGCGCAACCAACCCAGAAUCAACAAAAUGUUGAACAGACGAGGUAUAAUUCCCAACCACUCCAACCGGCUUACCCUGCUCCGUCCUCACAGUAUGGAUACAAGAUUCCAGAAGCCCAGCCAGAAAAUUAUCAACAACCCAGUGCGCAAGUGGUGGCUGUUCCAGCACCUGUCACUGUCCCCAAAUUGCCCGAGAACAUCCCCUUCUACGUUGCUCCGGCAAAGUCUACUGUUUACGGAUCAGCCUACGUAGCCAAUUCGGCAAGCUAUCCCGCAUCAGAUUCUUACACAAGAGGACAAGCUUCAAAGCCAGUAGAAUCCGUUCCGGCAUCGUACCAAUCACCAGCCCAGCAGCCCCAGAAAAAUUACGGGACCACUGCAACGACUUCAUAUCAUUCAAAACCUACCACAAUCUAUACCGAAACGAAAGCAGAGCAAUCAACGGAGACUUAUGGAAAGAAAACUACACAAGUAAAGGAAAAUCAAUUUUAUCACUCAACCCCAUCGCCCAAAGUUAAGUAUUCUACGGAUAUUCCCUAUUCCACUACUGAAUCCAAACCAGCAAGUGAAUCCUAUGACAAAGUCUCUUACUCAGAAAAAUCUAAGACCGACAAGAAUCAGUACAAGAAACCAGUUUAUCCAGCUCAAGAAUCCUAUAAGGAAACAGAGUCUCUGUCGUAUGGCGAAAAGAAGAAAGAAGCCGAAUCUUCAACUCUUUCCUAUUCCAAAGUGGAAGCAAAACCGAUGAGCCAACCUUCUAAGCCAAAUGAGUACAAAGUAUCAAAGCAGGAAGAAACUAAAGUAAAGGUGCCUGCCUACCCUACAGCCCAAUCCCACAAAAAGGUAGAGUACCAGGAAGAGAAGAAGGAACAAGUAUCAGUCUACGCUCCUAAUCUCUCUCCCACUAAAUCGGAAACCACAAGUGAGGAUAAAUCUUACCAGUCCCAUACACAAACGGAGAAAUCUUUUGCCAAUAAAGAGAAGUCGCAGUCUUCGGUUUACACCACCUCGCAAUCCUACAAGGAAGUGGAUUCUCAGUCCUACGGAGAACAGAAGAAGAAAGUGGAUGAGUCAAAUCUUCCUUAUUCUGCAGUGGAAUCCAAACCUGUGAUUGAAUCUUCAAAGCAAAAUGCAUACCAACCGUCAACAGAUGACAAGGUAAAAGUUCCUGCUUAUUCUGCAUCCCAGGACUACAAGGAAGUAGAUUCAUCAAAGGAUGCCCACGAUUACAAGAAGAAAAAUUCGGCUGUUUACCAGCACAAACCUGUUAGCGACUCUUACGUGAAACAUUCAGUUUCCUACGUAGAAGAAAGCCAGCCCAAAAAAACAGUUGUUUCUAAUUCGCCAUCAUACAAGAAGGACGAACCUUUACCAAAUGUUGAGUACAAACAGAAACAUUAUGAAGCGGAGCAUGGUUCGUCAAAGGCUGCUUCUGUUCCAGCUUACGAAAAGUACCCCAGCACAUCGGCAGUUACACAAGAGCCGUCAAAGUACCAUGAGUCAAACUCGAAGACGUACGAAUCAAAGUAUCCAUCUGUUUCUGCAACGACCAAAGCUCCAGUAAAAGAAGUUACCGCCUAUUCCAAACCAAAAUCUGAUGAUUCAAGCCGUUACAGUUUGCCAGUCUAUUCAACAACGACUCUAUCGCCGUCGUAUCAGUAUUCAACGAGCUACACGACCACCACUAAAGCCCCCGCAAUUUCUUACGAUGAGAAAACAAAGGCGUACUACACUACUACACCCAAAUAUCAAGAGUACUCCACGUCUGGGUCAGCAGUAACCCGAAACCCUCCAGCAUACCAAAGUACAGUUCCGUACGAAAAUAUUCCAGUUGCAAAGACGCCUACCCAAAAAGAAGAUUAUAAAAACCAAUACUCUACGAAGAAGGAAACAGACAUAAAGGCUGGCGCACCUGCUGCAGUUGAAAAAUCUUACGCAACUCCAACCAUAACGGCAAAUUACGAUGUGAAGGCAAACGAUCGAGUUUAUGUCGUUGACAAUCGAGAUGAAAUUGUAGAAACUUACCAGAAGAAAGAGCCUGUGCCAUCCUAUCAGUCUUACCCCAAUCCAUCCGUGGAUGGAAAAUUGUCAUCCGUCAAACAAGUUGUGAAUCAAUACGGCCCAACCGAUCGUGGCUAUAACAGUGCCUCAUCCGACACAGCCAACAAGUCCAGCUACGAAGGUCGACCUGCUUCUUCGUCCGUCGUUGAUCUUUCGACAUAUAACCGUAAACCCAACCAAGAUUCCCUUACCACCUCAGAAGAAGGUGCAAAGGACUCUGGGAGUUACGGCCAUGAUGACGUUGAGGGUGACUACUCUGCCAUACCAGGAAAACCUGAAAUUGAUUAUCCCAUAUUUUCAGAGCUACCGAAUAACAAGUUUAACUGUUCCGAACAACGACUUCCUGGAUAUUAUGCCGAUACAUCUGCCCGUUGUCAAGUUUUUCACAUUUGUUUGGGUGAUCGUCAAUGGAGCUUCCUCUGCCCUAAUGGAACGAUCUUUAGCCAACAGCACUUUGUCUGCGUCUGGUGGUACGAAUUCGACUGCUCGAAAGCACCGGCCCUUUAUGAACUCAACGCAAAAUUGUUUGUCAUUCCUUCUACGCAACAAGCUCCCGAUUAUGUAGGCGAUCAACGCACAAAGUCUCCAACCAGUGAAACUGAGGAUGAAACAGGUAAACGGUACGAUACAUUCACUAACAAAAAGGAAACUACUUCGGGCGCUUACUAAGUUCACUGGCUAUGUCAAAGCCAAGGAAAUCGAAAAAGACAAAAGGGAUUCUUCGGGUGGAUGUUCACUUUUUCAGUGAUGGAAGUGAUACGCAGAAGUGAUUUAGCAACGCAAAGGAUGUUAAUCAUUUUGGAACGUUUUUGUCUUGAAAUUAUUUUUGUCUUAUGUAAAUCAUUCAGCAUACUAUAUAGAUGUUACUACUCUGUACAUUGUUUCAGAUUUUAAAUAAACAGUUUAUUAUACCUUUGA